AUGGCGGAAAAGCAACCUCCUCGUGGGCGAGGUCGAGGCCGUCGAGGGCCGACAACUCAAAUCCCUCAACCUCCAGCAGCGGAAAGCACCUCCUCUGACGAAGGAAUCUCAUCUCAGCCGGCCCCACAGCAGAGGCCUGCCGCUACUUCAACCUCAAGCUCGAGCGGUCCUCCGAGAGCUGGACGCGCUUCAUCACGUGGUCCUGGACGUAUCGCCGGCCGCGGUGCGUCACGUGGACGAGGACGAACCGCUGCUAUGGCAAAGAGUGCCACAGAAACCAAAAAGGAAGCUGAGGACUCUACAUAUGCCGCUUCCAGCGGUUCUCAGCUGAUUCCUCAGACCAACACGAAAUCUUCCACCUCUGACGAACAGGUUCCUCACGCUCAAGGAAUGACCCCUCAAGACCACCAUGUCUAUCUCGCCCGCCGCCCAGGUUAUGGAGUGAACUCUGUAGCGAAGCUCGACGUCGCCUGCAAUUUUUACAAGUGCAAGGGAUCACCACCCAAGAAAAUCUACCUCUAUCGGCUCCGUUCUGAACUCACUGAGGAGCGUGACGGAGCAAGAGCUCCAAUUUUGGACUACGAACGAGCUAUGGAGUUCUUCGGGAUAUUCGAAAAGGUGUUCUUCGAUCAAAGUUCCAGCUCUUCUUCUGACUCUCUUGAAUCCACCUCUACUGACGAAGUGCGCCCAAGCACUGGACCUGUGGCCUAUUACGAUGGCAAGACGCUCUUCUACUCAAAUGUAGACAAUUUAGCACAGAUUCAGGAAAGCAUUGAUUACGACGUCGACUAUCCCAGUUGCCGAUCGAUCCGGGAUAAAGAAAAACCAUUUCCAGUUACCGUCACCAAACUGAAGGUGCUUUCCGAUAUUGUCGAAAUCUUCCGACAACGACAAGGGCAGCAAAUGGACCCGAUCCUUUUGCAGUACUUUGAGGUGCUUUUGAAGCAUUCGCUUUACCGAAAGCACUACACCCGAGUCGGCACAUCAUUUUACAUGCUCAACCAAAACAUCCGACCGCUCAACUGCGUAAUUCCUGCGAAAGAAGUCUUCACAGGUUUUCACCUUCAGAUGAAGCACAUCUCUUCUGGCUUGGCGAUCCAAGUGAAGGACAAGUGCGGCGUCUUCUACAAAAGCAUGCCGCUUCAUCAGUUCCUCUGCGAUUAUUGGAACAGCGAGGAUCCACUCUACCCUGAGUUCUGGAGGAACUCCUACAAUCUGGUCGAGUCCAACAAGAUCGUCAGGAAAUUGAAGGUCAACAUUGUCUCCAAGACCGGCUCCAAUGGCAGAACCAAGGUCAUCAAGGAAUUGACCGAUCAAAGUGCAGCGAACCUCUGCUUUGAAGAUCAAAAUGGCCGAAAGAUGAAUGUGGCAGAUUACUUCAUGAAGAAAGGGGAGGUUCUCAACCACCCCCAACUUCCAUGUGUUUCCACGGGCAACAAGCACUACCCUGAGUAUUACCCGAUGGAAUGCUGCCACGUGGUUGCAAGACAACCAGUGAAAGGACUCUUGGAUCCAAACGCCAUCUCGGCAUUGAUCCGCGUUGCUGCCAAGCCUGCUCCUGAGACCUUCAACGCAAUCAAACAGAACAUGCAUACGGCGAUGCAGGCAAUUGGAGAAGAUAUGCAGAAUAUCGACAUGAGCGUCGACAAAAGCAUGGUCAAAACGCCUGCACGAGUUCUUCAAGCUCCAGACAUGCACUAUGGCAAUGGGAAGCAACAUCCAAAUAAUGGAACGUGGCACCCUAGAAGUUUCAUCACUCCGAAGAAGAUCGACAAUUGGGGCGCCUGCAUUAUCUCCCGCCGCGGUCAUCGAGGAGGGCAGGACACCGUUCGUAGAGCCAUCGAUGUUCUCUAUAACGCUGGACAAAAACUCGGCAUGGAAGUGAACUUCCUCGCCGAUCGGUCUAUGCCGUACGAACUCCAGCCUCAUCAAUUGGACGAGUUCUUGAAGCACUGCUCUGAUAGCAAGUACGAGCUAGUCCUUGUUGUUCUCGACGGCAAGAACACGGAAGAAUACGCUCAAGCGAAAUUCCUCGCCGAGCGAAAAUACCCUGGUCUUCUGACGCAGUGUGCACAAAUGAAGACCCUUCAGCGCAUCAAUGAGCAAAGCGCGACGAUGAUCCUUAUGAAGAUCAACGCGAAGCUCAACGGUCAGAACGCUGAAUGCGAUUUGACGCUGGCGAAUCCGACGGGCGGUGUUUUGUUUACCCACGACCACCCGGUCCUUGUUCAAGGUCUCGAAAUGAGCGUCCUCCCUGGCCAGGAAUCUUUGGUCGGUAUGGCUUCUUCUUACGACCAGAACGCAUCGAUGUACACGAUGCAAUCUCGAAUGACGAGCAGCAACGCUCACUGUCUUGAAUUGUUCGAUAUGCAAGUACAGAGCAUCAAGACCUACUACAAGAUGACCGGCAGGAAGCCCAAGUCGAUCAUCUUCUUUCGCCCGGGUGUGAACGAACACCAAAUCAGCUCGACCGCCGGUUAUGAGUGCACCAAGAUUCGAGAAGCUUGCGAAACUCUCGAAGAUAACUACCGGCCGAAGAUCACCUACAUCAUGGCCACCAAGAUGCACGCGACCCGAUUCUGCGCAAUGGACAAGAUGUACCAGAUCGGCAAGUCCCAAAAUGUGCCUGCUGGUACUAUCGUUGACACCGACAUUGUCGAUGUUGAGAAGUGGGACUUCUACUUGACAUCGAGCCAGGGAAUUCAAGGAACAUCGAUCCCAACAAAAUACACGAUCUGCGUUGAUGACAACAAGCUCACCGCAGAUUCAGCAGAGGCGCUUUGCUAUUAUCUCUGCCACGGGUUCGUCCGAUGCAACCGUGCGAUUUCCAUGCCAAACUGCAUGAAAUACGCCAAGCUCGCCGCCGACCGUGGUCGAAACCACUUGAAGGGCGCUGCCUACGCCAUCGAGCGGGACGUCCUUAACGAGGCGAAGAAAGAUGAGAUUCUGAAUCUCAAAUAUGUCGUCGAUUGCAGCGGUGAAGCUCAGGCGGCAAGAGUCGUCAAUCCUCUGUACAGGCGAAUGUUCUUUACAUAA